AACAUUCUUCUUUCCUCGAGACAUGAAAAAGCAAUGUUGUAAUAAUGGGGCUUGAGUUUUGGGUUUCUUCAUCUAAUGAUUCUCGUUAACAGAGCCGUUUCUACAGCAAGCCUUGACAACGUCGCUUGGUUUUCUCGAAUCCGAACCAUGAAUCGCAAAAUUCACUCAACUGUCUCAUCUUCUUCUUCUAAACCCAACUCCGUGAGAAUCCAACGUCCUCGCUCCGAAGUAGAUUCAAACCCAGGACCAGCCAAUGGAGCUUCGGAGACUUUAGUAUACACCCGGAAGAAAAAGCUAAAGCAGGAGAAAGAUUCCCAGCUACGUGGAUUGCCUGAUAUAGAAGACUUUGCUUUCAAAAAGAAUACUAGUAGAUCAUCUUCCAAGAGAUCAACGGAAACUAACAUCACUGUGGCUUCAACCAAAACAGCAGGGAGGCCAACUGAAACUAACAUCACUGUGACUUCAGCCAAAACAGCAGGAAACUCGCCUGAAAACUGGGUACAAGUGCUCGAGGGCAUUCGUCAAAUGAGAUCAUCUGGAGAUGCACCAGUUGAUUCUAUGGGUUGUGAUAAAGCUGGUAGCUUCCUACCUCCUACGGAAAGAAGAUUUGUUGUCUUGUUGGGAUCACUUCUUUCAAGUCAAACAAAAGAUCAAGUCAACAAUGCUGCAAUACAUCGUCUUCAUCAAAACGGCCUUCUCACUCCCGAAGCCAUUGAUAAGGCUGAUGAAUCAACCAUUAAAGAACUGAUUUAUCCGGUUGGAUUUUAUACAAGGAAGGCUACAUAUAUGAAGAAGAUAGCUAAAAUCUGUCUAGAGAGAUACAACGGAGACAUUCCAAGCUCUUUGGACGACCUACUUGCGCUUCCGGGGAUUGGUCCCAAGAUGGCACAUUUGAUUCUGCAUAUAGCAUGGAAUGAUGUUCAAGGUAUCUGUGUAGAUACACAUGUCCAUCGCAUUUGCAAUCGACUUGGUUGGGUUUCUCGACCAGGAACCAAACAGAAAACUUCGACUCCAGAGGAAACAAGAGUAGCUCUGCAGCAAUGGCUUCCAAAGGAAGAAUGGGUUGCCAUUAACCCGCUUCUGGUGGGAUUUGGACAAACGGUUUGCACGCCGCUGAGACCUCGUUGCGAAGCCUGCAGUGUUGCUAAGCUUUGUCCUGCUGCUUUCAAAGAGGCUUCAAGUCCAUCAUCCAAGUUGAAGAAAUCUAAGCGAAGCAAAGAACUAUAAUCCGAAGUCAGGGGAACAUAUGAAGCUAGUUUGACUUUUAUUGACUUCUAGGGUCAUGGGAUCGAGAGCACUUAUCUAUCAACUGGUUUUCCUUUUUUUUUUAAACAACCAACUGGUUUUCUUUUGUUAUUAAGUAAUUAUUACUAAAUUUUAAUCCGUACAAUUAUUUUUUUUAUUUUUAUCAACAUAAUUAUUUAUUUUAAAUAA